AUGGCCAACUUUCCGCCUGCAGCGCAUGAUGUCUUCCUCUUUGAUGAUCUGCUGAGCACGGAGGAGAAGGACAUCCGCUACCGCACCCGCGCCUUCAUGGAGAAGGAGGUGGCGCCGAUAAUCGCAGACUACUGGGAGCGAGCGGCGUUCCCUUUUGAUUUGGUCCCCCGCCUGGCCAAGCUCAAUUUGGGGGGCGCCAAUCUGGCGGGCUACGGGUGCCCGGGGCAGUCCGUGAUCGGAGCAGCCAUGGCCGUAAUUGAGAUUGCGCGCGUGGACGCCAGCAUGUCCACCUUCCUCAUGGUCCACAACUCCCUCGCCAUGCUGACCCUGGGCCUGCUUGCAUCGGAGGAGCAGAAGAGGGAGCUUUUGCCGGACAUGGCUGCGCUCAAGCUGAUUGGUGCCUGGGGCCUCACAGAGCCGUCCAAUGGCAGCGAUGCAGCUGCCCUUCAGACCACAGCACGGAAGGUGGAUGGUGGCUGGGUGCUGAACGGGCGAAAGCGCUGGAUCGGCAACGCCACCUUUGCUGAUGUCAUCGUGAUCUGGGCGCGCAGCAGCGAGACACAGCAGGUGAAUGCAUUCAUCGUGCGCAAGGGAGCGAGGGGGCUCCGCACGUCCAAGAUAGAGAACAAGAUUGCGCUGCGCGUCGUCCAGAACGCAGAUAUCUUCCUGGAUGACUGCUUUGUGGCCGACUCUGCCCGCCUGCCCGGAGUGACCUCCUUCAAGGACACGAACAAGGUGCUGGCAAUCUCGCGCAUCAUGGUAGCAUGGCAGCCGGUCGGCAUUGCCUGCGGCGUCUUUGACAUGUGCAAGCGCUACGUCGAUGAGCGGGAGCAGUUUGGCGCGGCGCUGGGCAGCUUCCAGCUGGUGCAGGAGAAGCUGGCGCGCAUGCUGGCCAACCUGCAGGCCAUGUUCCUCAUGUGCUGGCGCCUCUCCAAGCUCUACGAGGAGGGCAAGAUGACUCACGAGCUGGCGAGCACGACUAAGGCAUGGACGACACUUCGCGGGCGUGAGGUGGUCUCGCUCGGUCGGGAGCUGCUCGGCGGCAACGGCGUCGUCACCGACUUCCUGGUGGCCAAGGCGUUUGGGGACAUGGAGGCCAUAUAUACGUACGAGGGGACGUAUGAGGUCAAUGUGCUGGUAGCCGGCCGCGGCAUCACCGGCAAGGCCGCCUUCAAGGCCGCACCCGCGCGCAAGCAGCCCAAAAAUGUGCAGGCCUGA